UCGUAAUUGCAUUGUCGGGUUUUGUGCGCCUCACGUCGACGAUGGCGACGCGGCAACGUUUACGUUUUAGCGACACCUUCAGCUCUUCUCUUCAGUCGAGAGGCAAGCAGUAACAGCAUCUUAUCAUGGUGCUGAAAACUUGCUGUGUUGGCAUGUUGCAAGCGAGCGCCACUGCAGCGAUCGCUUUCGUAGACCAACAUUUUUUGUCUGUCUUGCGGCCCCGCGAUGCUAUAAUCUAUAAAGGCUGAUUCACACUAGGCCGACAGGGCACCGAUUUUGGUCUGCCGACUGUUGGCGGCAACGUUUUCCUUUCUUUAAACCGUUGGCCACAGCGUUUCCCGUCCUGGAAACUGCUCGCGUCAUCAGUCGGCAGACCAAAAUCGUUCUCGUGUCGGCGUAGUUUGAAUCAGCCUUAAUGCUGCGUAAUACGGUGGCGGCGUUCAGUCGGGCGUCACCGAACGUUUCCCUCGCUUCCUUCCCUUUCACUGCUCCGGAAAGUGACCCGCCGUUCGGCUGGGGCGUGCAUUCUCGGACUCAGUCCUGAUGCGUCUUGCCAUCCGAUUUGGAGGACGGGAUAGACCGCCCGAAUUCACCAUAAGUUACCUGUCUCCUCGUCGAGCUCGUUUUGUGCUAUCCACAAUCACAGAGUGUAACCAAGGGCCUUGACCAACUGCCAAGGUUUGUUUGUGUGGACCAAUGUACCUUCGCGUCACUUUCAAGUGGAUGCCAAGUCGUCCUUUCACCAAAGGCAAAGUGUGAACUCUGUAUCGUGAAAUACGUGUUGUGGGUCGGGAUGCUGCGGAGAUGACGCUGUGUACUGGAGAACUCAAAGUGACGAUACUUUCGUUCGCAAAAGAAUGCUCACAAAAGAAGAAACAACGGAAUGGACCACGAGGUAACGGGCCGUUCAGAGGCCGUGAAGUUGGCACCACAUUUAUCACCAGACGAGAAACAAAAGCACCGGCGGGUGGGUGACCGCUUGGACCGUAACCGGACGCACGCGAGGACAUCUCCCGUUGCCGAGCGAUGCGCAGGCAGAACUACAAGGACACAGCAGGUACACACGAGGCGACUGAGACAUAACACAGACACCUUUGAGCGGCCCCAAAAGUUGAGUGGGAAUUUCGUGCCGAGUAAUGUCCCCUUUAACAGAACAGAAGACAACAACCACGCACAGACAGAGAAAUGCUGCCAGCAACGCGAACAGACGAAAAGAAAGAAGAAACAAACUGAAGCACAGCGAAGUACACGCUUUCCCAGAUGUUCACUGCCGAGCAACCAACAGUGAAAAAGCGCUCCGGAAAGAGACUGU